AAAAACUUUUUUGUCACGCGUCAGUGCACAGUUGAUUAUAGCGCGAUCCAGUAUACACUUCGAUUAGCGUUAGUGGUACAGCAUGGCACACAAUGUUAUCUCAUUAGCCGAGAAAUAUUGGGGAAGGCUUAAAAAUGCUGAAGAACACGAGUUCAUAUCCCCUCUCGUGCACGUGGAGCAAUUUAAACAUGAUUGCGAAAAGAUCUUACCGGAAAACAUAGUAAAUGCAACGCCGAUAGAUUCUACAGACGAAGCUUUUUGCAGAGAAAUGGAUAUUGAUAAAGAAACCUUGGAAGAAUUAGAGCAAGUUUGCGGUGUGGAAAAUCUCAAAUGCGCUGGUGAAUCAGAACUUCUAACAUGGGAAGAUUAUGCUAUUAUUCCCGAGAAUACUGGACUAGUAACAUUGGAACAUUGGAAAAAGAUUUGCCAUGAACACAAUGCCCGCGAAACCGCUCUAUUAAAGUGUAAACACUCUGAGUUCGAUUGUGCUUUGCGAGCAAGGGCUAAUGGUAUUGAAGCUAAAGAUCCAGAUGACCUUGUAAAAGGCCCAGAAAUCGUAUUGACCGUGUGUGUCAGUUUUCCACGAGACCCACAUCGGUUUAAAAAGUGCAAUGUCGAAUUUUUGGUACUGGGAAGUCAGAAACUGACUGAACUUAGAGACAAAAUACCCUGUGUAUUGGACAAGCAACCUGUUGGGGACUUUACCGAAAAUAUUGACCACCCUAGAGACAUAAAACUGAAAGACAUUUGCCCAUCAUCAUUUUUUUACAUUGAAAAUACAUUUUUUAAUGAUUUUCGGUCGCCCACUAAUAUAAACUUGGCGAAAGUGGUAACAGACUGGGCUGACGACAAUCCAGGUUCCACAAGAGUACCGGAAAAUUGGCAAAUUUCUAAAAUGGAGGAUUGUACUUUUAACGAAUUGAAAAUACGGCUUGGAUGCCCUUACAGAUUUCUACACCAGGGAGACUGCGAGCAUGUUGUGGUGUUUAAAGAUAUUCGAAUCUUUAACCAGAAUGAUUGCAAGUCUCGAAGCGCAUAUCCUCUAGCAGUCACCAGAGCUGUGUUUAAAUCCAUGUCCUGCAAAGUUUGUAAUUUCUUCAGUGUUACUUAUGUGACAAGGAAUGACAGUUUGUCAGAUUCUGACCCAUCCUUCUUUUGUGAGGCUUGCUUUAAACUGUUGCACUUUGACAAAAAGGGAAACAAGCUUGGAAACUUCACUGUCUUCCCUUAUAUUAGUCCUGCUUCUCUUGAUUAUUACAGUCUGUCCUAAAACCCCCUAUUUGCUGGCAUAACUGGCCUUAGUGGCUUAAUCACAAACAGAGAAAGGAUGAUAUUUCAUGGUUUUGCAUCCCAUUAUUUAAAUUAUGUUGUGUCAAUUUAUGUUUCAGUUGGGCAAAGUCAAUCAAAUUUGUAUAGUGAAAAAAACAUUACACAUAUGACUGUGUUUAUUGUGUAUUUACACUUAAAUGCUGGUAAUUAAUUAAUAAAGUCAUUCUGUUUAUUUAACAAUGUUCAUAAGUUGGUAAAUAGUGGAGAAAUAACUGCAAAAUCGUUUAAAAAGGUAACGUGUGAAAUAAAUGCAUCAUGCUAAAAUUUAUUUUGUUUCUAUAAGUCACGUGGUGCCGUUUUCCCGCCAAAUAAACAGCUGAUAAUACGCGUUGUAAAA